UAUGUUUUAAUUGUAUGAGAAUGCUGAGAAUUCAACCUACUCUUUUGAAUUUAAAUUAGAUUUGACAUUGUUAAAUGUGUUGAGAUCAUUUACACAUAAGGACCAUGAAUUUUAGGAAGGUAUAGAUUAAUAAGAUUUAAGGAUAUUUGGAAUCAAUAUAUGCAUUGUUGUAUUAUUAUUAGGGGAAGCCAGAGAGUGAGUUGUUUUCAGAGUAUUGUGCAUAGAAAGGAAAUCACACAAUUGAAGCUUUAAUAUUUUAAGGUAAGCAUAUUUUAAUAAUAAAAAGUACAUUAUUAUAUUGCAUCUGUGGCAAAUUUAAAUUAAUUGGUAGGUUAGCUUAAGAUAGAUGAGAACAAAGUAAUUCCAUUAUCUAGAAGUGAUAUUAAUAAGACAAAUAUUUUGUCAGUGCAUUCAAUCACAGAUAGAGUGGGUUCAAUAAAUAGUACAGUAUUGGUAAGCAAAUCCUAGACUGUGAAGCCAGAGUAUCUGGAUUUAAGAGUAAAGAUCUGUACAUUUGAGAAUAAAGAGGAAGGAGUAUUAUCUAUAGAUUAUAAUGUACUUUCAUUAGCAAUAUAAGCAAAAGGUAAGUUGGAUCCAUUGGUCGGAAGUCAUUUGGCAAAUAAAUUAAACAAAAUGUUUAAAUUGGAAUUGUAUCAUAUUUUAUUGCAUUUUGCUGAUAAGAAGGGGUAAGUGACAGAAAAUUAUGAUGAAAGAUGUAUGAUAAUAGUGAAUGGUGUUAGUAAUUUCUCAUUUCACAAAAAGUAAUAUACAGAAUUGAGAGAUAAAUUUAUAAGACUCUCAUAUGGAAAUGUGGAAAAGAAUGUAGAUGAAAUCACAAAGUUAUUAAUGGAUUUAGAUUAAGAAGUUGGUAAAUCAAUUAUAGCAAGAGAUACAAAGAGUAAUCAUUAUUUAGAAAAGUUAUUGGUUGGUUUAUUGGGAAAUCAAUUAUAAUUGAUAAGAGAUUAAGCAGUAAUUUUAUUGAACAUUUUAUAUGAUGGUGUAGAUUGGUAAAAGAGAGUACCAUUUAAACCAAAAAUAUCAAAAGUUGGAUCCAAAUUUGAUAUUUAAUACUUAUUUGAAUAUGAUUCAUCUUAUCCCUUAACUUCCAUAGUUAUCUUAUUGAAGAGUUAUAUUUUUGAUUCUGGAUGCAAAUAAAAUAUUGUAUCUUGGCAUAAGCCAAAAUUAAGUGAAUAUAGUAGUUAAGGUGAUAAAAAGUAUAUGGCUUUUAAGAUGGAUUUUGGUAGAUUCAAAAGAUGUGGUUUUUAUGAUUGGAAAUUAAUUAGAAUGACAAAUUCAGGUAAAUUACAGAGUAUUCAGAAGAUUAUGAAUUUGGAUGAAUUGAAAAGCAAUGUAGAAAUAUCAGCUUUAUAAAUGAUGGAAGCAAAACCAAUUCAAGGAAGAUUUAUUGUACAUCCUAGAGAUUCAAAGAAUUUGUAGAUUCAUGAGAUAUAUGUAGAUUUAUUGGAUGCAAAACCAGAUAAUUAGGGAAAGUUCACAAAGCGAGGUAAUUUUAGAAAGGUUCGUGAGAAGAUACCAGAUUUAGUUUAAUAAGGAAUAAAUUGUGUUUAUUUAAUGGGUACUUUAGAGAGAGAUAAUGGAUUAAUGAUUGAUAAUGAUAAAUAAUAGAAAUUAUUUAAGAGACCAGAUGUAAGUCCUUUAGCAAUAACAUGUAGAUUGACUCCAAAUUAAAUGUUAGGAGGUAAGGAAGAAUUCUUAUAAUUAAAUAAAGUGGCUUAAUAGAAUAAAUUAAGAAUAAUAAUAGAUAUGGUGACAAGAAUUAGUAGUGCAAGGCCAAAUAAAAGAUAUAGAAAGGAUUUAGUAUAUAGAUUGGAUGAGUAAGGAAGGUAAGUAGCAAUGUUUGGAACUGAUGGUAGGUCUUUACAUUUUGAAGACACAAUAAUUUUAAAUAAUAGAAAAAAGAGAGUUUGGGAUUAAUUAUUGGAUGAAAUGAUUGAAUUAACAUCUUAGUAUAAUAUUUAGGGAGUUCAUUUGGAUAAUGGAUCUUCAUGGCCAUAGAUAUUUUCAUUAGAUUUGGAUGAGAUAUAUAGAAAAGAUAGUGAUGGAAAUCAAGCAUAUAGUAAUAAAUAAAUUUUCAAUGGAGAAAUCUGUUUAUAAAAUGAGGAUUGUGGUUAUUGGGGUUCAAGUGUAAAGAAUUCAUAUCCUAAUCCAUUUUUGGUUAAGAUUUGUAAAUCAUUAUGGAGUAAAUUUCCUAAUUUCUUGAUAAUAGCAGAGGCUUGGGGUGCAAUGGGAGAAUAGGAAGAAAGAGAAAUAAAUCUUAUAUAAAGUGGUGUAAUUCCAAGAUUAUUUAAAUUGCCAAUAGCUAUAGCAUCAAUAUUUGGAGAGAAUUUAAAAAAGGAUGGUACAAUGGUAAAGAUGGAGAGAAUGAAUGUUAAUGUAAUUAAGAAAUGGAUUGAGUAUAUAUCUAAGUAAUAUCCAACUGGUAGUAUUAUUGUUUAAAGUACAACAUAUAAUUCAUGGCCAUAUCCUGCUUUAAUUUAUAAGAGAGGUACUUGGGCAGCAGUAGAUUUAUUCUUUACUUUAUAAGAUAUUCCAAUGACUUUUAUGGGAGAAGAAGAAGGAUUUGCAUUUCGUGAAAAAACUACUAAUGUUUUUAAUUAUGUAACAAAACAUGAGACUACAUAAAUCAAAUUAUAAGAUCCUACAUAAUAAAAAACACCAUAGAGAUCACUUAAAAGAGCAGAAUCUUAUGUUUAAACAAAUGAAGACUAUGGAUUUGGAUAUAAUACUUUGACUCAUUAAGUAUAGUUAUAGAUUGCUUAAUCACCUGUUAAAUCAAAUAAUGGUUAACCUGUUAGAGUAUAAAGUGGUUCAUCUUUAUCAUAAAUGGAUAUUUCGAAUAUCGCAACAGCUUAAGAGAACUUUAGAAAAGAGAUUGGGCCUUAAUUUGGAUUUGAUAUAUAGUAAAUUGGAAAACAUUAUACUCAUAUUAGAUAAAUGAGAAAAUAACAUAAAGUUUUAAGAAAUGGAUAAAUGGUUUCUUUAUCAGCUGAACAUAUGUAUGGUUGGCAUACACAUGUAUUAGCAUUUGCUAGAUAUUCUAAAGAGGAAAUGGCAUUGAUUGCUAUUAAUUUCAAUGAUGGUGAAAUUGAUAUGUUUAUGAAUCUUAGAAAUUUAAGAUACUAUUUUCCAAAUUCAGAGAGAUCUAAUAUUGUAGUUAGAUUAAGAAAUUGGUCAUAUCCAGAAUUGGAAAAUGAGGAACUUAGUUAUUUUUAUAUUGGAAACUUUUUGACAUCUAGAUUAGAAGUUCAUUUGAAGAAUUUCUAAUCUUAAAUUUGGGGAGUAGAAAUCUUAGGAAAUACUUAAGAGAUCUAAUAAAAAGCAUAGAAAAGUUCAUUGAUUCGAUUGUAACAAAAAAUGUCAUCUAAGAUUCCAUUGACUAUCUAUGGAAAUGAUGCUGCUAAUAAAUUAACAUUAUUAACAGAUAAUUUGGAUUCUUUGUAAUAAUUUAUUAAUGGAUUUUCUCACUUUUAUAAUUAAGUAAUUAAACCAAACAAUUUUGAUUUGAAUAGAUUGAUAAGUUCAAUGAAAGACUUUUAAUCUAAUAAAGUUAGAUUAUGUAAAUUGUUUGGAUUCUUCUAAUCAAUACUAAAGACUUAAGAUAAAAAUUUACCUUUUUAUGAUACAUUAUAAUAGUUGAUAAAUCUGAAUAAAUUAGGUCCAAUUUGUUUUUGUACUCCAGAAUUAGGAAAAUGGACAACAACUGGUGGUUUAGGAGUAAUGGUGGAUGAAUUAACAUAAGAAUUAUCAAAAAUGAAUGAAGAAGUAAUUUUGAUUACUCCUUAUUAUCAUAGAAAUAAAAAAGGAGAAACAGGAUAUAUUUUGAGUGAUGGAUUCAAACAUCUGAAAAAUAUUGAAAUAUGGAUGUAAGGAGAGAAAGUAAUUUUGGGUGUAUUUGAAGGAGUUUUCAAUGGAGUAAGAUUAUUUUGGUUACACAAUGAAUAAUACUUCCCAUCAGCUUAUGCUGGUGAAGAUGCAAGUUAUGUAAUGAAAUAAUUGACAGUUUAUGCAAAAGGAUGUUUAGAAUUAUUAUGUUAGAUUAAAUUAUUCCCAUCUUUAAUAGUAUCUAAUGAUUGGUUCUGUGGAUUAAUCCCAGGAUAUCUUAGAGUUAGGAGAUAUGGAGAUGCAUUUGCUGGUACAAAAUCAUUCCAUAUUGUUCAUAAUUUGGAUCCAUUAUAUGAAGGCAGAUUAUAUCCAAAACCAAAUGAUGGAACAUUGGAUUACAUUCAUGAACUUCCAAAUGAUUUUUUAAUUGAUCCUUUCUGGUAGAAUUUAGUUAUUAAUCCAUCAAGAUGUCCAUUAAUAACUUGUGAUAAUUGGGGAACAGUUUCUUAAUCUUAUAAAUAUGAAUUAUUAGAAUCAUCUCCAUUGGCAAGUGUAUUAAGGAAACAUCCUCAUCCUUUUGCUUUCCCAAAUGGUAUAAGAAGAGAAUAAAGAUUUAAGAUUAUAAUGGAUAAGACUAACAAUGAUCAUUUGAAAGCGAAAGAAUAAUUAUAAAAGAAAUAUUUUGGAUGCACUUAAUUAGAAAAUCAUAUAGUUGUAUUAGGUUUUGUAGGAAGAGUAACAAAAUAAAAGGGAGUUCAUCUUAUAUUAGAAGUGGCUGAAGAACUUAUUUAAAGAAGUCAAGGUACUGUUUAGAUAUUGGUUGGUGGACCUGCUGAUAUGAAAGAAGAAUAUAGUGCAUAUUGUGCUUAGAAUAUGAUUAGAUUAAAAUCUAUAUAUCCAAGAAAUUUUUGGGCAGAUCCAUCUGCAUUUUUUAUGGAUGGAACUUUAGUAAAUGUUGGAUGUGAUUUUGGAUUGAUGCCAUCAUUAUUUGAACCUGGAGGUAUUGUAUAACAUGAAUUCUUUAUUGGAAGUACACCAGUUAUUGCUUUUAAAACUGGAGGAUUAAGAGAUACUGUUCAUGAAUAUGAUUAGAAAUAAUAAAAAGGAUCAGGAUUUAUUUUUGAUGUUUAUAACAGAGGAAACUUUCUUUAUGCUAUAGACAGAGCACUAUAAUUAUAUAAGAAUUAAGAUUAGUAUACAUAAUUAAGGAAGAACGCUUUUGAUGCAGCUAUUGAUGUUGCAGAUGUUAGUAGAGCUUGGGCUUAAGAAUAUUAUAGAUUAUUUGAGAAGAAUUUUAUAGAUAAAGAAUUAGUUUAAUAAAUGGUUGGUUAAAUCUAAUAAGAUUAUAAAGAACUUAAAGAAUAAGAAUUAUUUAUAAAAGAGGAAGGAAGAGUAAAAUAUAUUUAAUAUUAAUAUCUAGGUAUUUUCUAAUUCUGAUAAAACUCUGAAGAACUUUGAAAGAAUUUUAGCUCAUGCCAAAAGAUCCAAUCUGAGAUUGCAUCAAUUUGUCUAUAGAUCUACUAGAUUGUUGUAACCAAGAUAAGUAGCUGUUUCUGGUUCAUUUGAUGAUUGGAAAGAAAAGCAUAAAUUGAAAUUUGACCAUUUCUCUAAAGUUUGGAAUGUUACUUUGAAAAUGCUCCCUGGAGAAUAUUAGUAUUAAAAUCCUGUUUAUUUUUAGUUACAAAUUCUAUGUAGAUGGAGAAUGGAUUUGCACUGAUGAUGAUCUUAAAGAUAAUGACAUCUAUGGAAAUAUUAAUAAUUUUGUUAUAAUUCAAUGAGAUAGUGGAU